AUGUUGACCGUUCGCUCGUCUUUCAACCUUAUUAUUUUUAUGCUCCUCGGCGUCCUCAGCGGCGGCGUCGAGGCGCAACGGAGAAAGGGUAAUGGCGGCGGGCGCCAGACUCCUCAGCAGCAAGCUGCCCAGGUUCCCCAGGGUGUCAGCAAGGCCACCGAUGGGUCCACAAUCCUGGAUAUGACCGCUACUGUUAACGGCGCUGAUCUGAGGUUCAAGAUCAGCGGUCCUGCAGACCAGUUUACGGCAGCCUCGGGGGUUCAGGGUGGUGCUCAACAGUCCGGCGCGGAGGGUAAAUUGGGACUGAAUGUGCUGCUGCAUGGAGACGGUGGACAGUCCUUCUUUGAUUUCCCCAACCAGGCCGUCCAGGGUAACCUGAUGGGUGUUGCUGUGCUGGCGCCGUCCGUGAAUCUUCUCUGGGGCAACCGGAAGGGCCAGCCGGCCGGUAAUGAUCGUCCCGAUGGCGUUGCAGACGCGCAGGCAGUCAAUGACUUGAUCCUGGAUGUCCUCCCCCAAAUGGUGGCGUUCAACAAGUCCAACGUCUUCUUCACCGGUGUUUCCGGAGGCUCCCUGACGCUUUCGGGCUUCUUCAUGCCCGCGCACCUGACCAACUUCAAGGGCAACGGCGUCCUCCUCGAUUGCGGAGCCCUGGCCCCGGCGGUCGAUUUCAAGGAUGCGGCAGCCACCCUGUCGACCACAAAGAUCCACUUCCAGAGCAGCCAGCGGGAGCUCACGAGCCUGCAGCAAAGCAUCCCGGAGGCCAUCAAGGCUUACGAGAAGCUCGCUUCGGACGCGGGUCUCAGCAAGGACCAGAUCAACGCACUGCAGACGGUGGACGCGACGCCCACCGGUGGGCACUGCGCCUUUGACGGCAAGGACUUUGUCUCGGGCAUCCAGCUGAUCGCCGACAACUUCAAGAACAUCAUGCAGGGCGGCGACGGCGCCGUCAAGGGCAUCAAUGCACAGACCGUGCUGAAGGGCGUCGUGGGCAACGAGAACCCCUUUGGACGCGGAGGAGGGGCUGCCACCGCGGGCGCUGCUGCGAGUGGUACUACGGGCACCAACAGGCAGACUGGGAGGAAUGCCAAGCAGGCAGGGAGGGCGGCGGCGUCGAGGCUCAGUGCUAGGGCGAUGGGCCAGCUUGACUAG